AUGGAGAGUAAAUUCACAUGGAUCUUCAUCUGCGGCCUUGCUGUCUUUCUCUUUGUCAUUGUGAUUCUUUUAUGCUUCACCAGAGCGAGCGGAGAACGACUGCUGUUCCUUGGUAUGGACGACGCUGAGCUAGGGCAAGGCAUAGUAGAAACACCGGCUCUCCUUGCUUCACUGUCAGAGGACGCCCGUCUCAGUUAUGAGCGUGCGAAAGUUUUUGAACAGCGCCAUCCUCCUGACAGCGUUCCGACCGACAUCACUUUAUCGCAAUAUGUGUCGAUUCUAGAGAAGGGCGUUUCGGCUUUCGAGUUUGAAUGGGAUAUGGAAUCCAAUGUUUUUGUAUCUGGUCGUACCGAAAUCCAAUUUUUUGAUGGCGAAAGCUGUGUACAGACAAACUUGCCUUUACCCAGAAAUCAGGAUGUGUACUAUUGGGAGGCCAAGAUGUUUGAUAUGCCGGCUACAACCAAAGUAGCCGUGGGUGUUGCAACUAAACCUUACCCGCUUUGGCGAUUACCAGGUUGGAACCGUCAUUCUAUAGCAUACCACAGCGAUAACGGACACAAGUAUUUCAACAAUCCUUUUCGCAGCAAGCCUUACGGAUUGCCUUUUCAAGAAGGGGAUGUGGUUGGGGUUGGUUAUCGACAUCGAUCUGGAUCCAUUUUUUUCACACGAAAUGGCCGCAAAUUAGAGGAAGCAUGCACCGGCUUGCGCUGGAACUUGUUCCCUACCAUUGGUUCGAACGGGCCAUGUCAGAUCCACGUCAAUCUUGGGCAAAUGGGAUUCGUAUUCAUCGAAGCCAAUGUCAAGCGUUGGGGACUGGCGCCCAUGCAAGGCACCUUGGCUCCACCACCAGCCUAUGGUUUUGAAGCAGGCUCUCUUUUGCUAGAACGGGGAUACAGUCAUUCAUGCUCAUCCACCUCGUUGGCCGCCAGAACUUGGUCAGAUAACGACCACGAAGAAGAUGACGAUAAUCAGCCUUUGAUCCAAUUCCAGCGAUCGCCUAUUCGUACUUAUGGAUAUCCAAAUUAUUCCCCACCCCGCUAUUCCGAUCCAUCCUGGCCAUCCACCACUCCUUCACCUCACUAA